UCCUUUCCAGUAGGUGGCGGGAAUGCACCUUUUAAGUUGGUUUGCCAACCGCCAUUAAAGCCUAAAAGAAGAAGAAGAACAAGUGAUCUUCGGACUAGUGCCUUAGCUUCAGAACAUGAGUUUGCCUGGCGUCACAGAUGCUAAAUACAUUUUGGGUGAGAAAAUGGCUGAGGACAUCCCAGAUCUUCCUAGUGGUCCAUUGGACAUCUACAGGAAGAAAGCAUCUUUCGAUUGGAAGGAUAUGAUGCGGUUUCUGGAAGGUGCAGAAAUCAUUGCGUUUAAGCGUCAUGUGUUCAGAACACUGGAGAAUGACCCGCUGUUUGCCCGGCAGCCGGGUGAGGAUAUAUCUUUGGACCAGAUGAGAGAGCUUACCUUCCGUCGCUGUAAACAAUUAUUUAAAUACAACUUUCUAACACAAGAUGACAUCAUUCAAAACCCCAUGACGUUGACAAUCCUUAGCGACUGCCUGGGAAUGUACGACUGGUCUUUAGGAGCGAAGUACAACCUCAACAAAGGGAUGUUUGGAGCCACAGUGGCAAACACAGGAUCUCAGAGGCACUUGAAAUUUGUGAAGGACAUUGAGGAGAUGAUGGCAUUUGGAUGCUUUGCACUGACAGAGCUGAGCCAUGGUAGCAACACACGAGCAAUGAGAACGACCGCCAGAUAUGAUCCCAGCACACAGGAAUUUGUGAUAAACUCUCCGGAUUUUGAAGCAGCAAAGUUCUGGGUGGGGAAUAUGGGGAAGACGGCCACUCAUGCAGUCGUGUUUGCCCAGCUCUACACACCAGAUGGAAAAUGUCAUGGCCUCCAUUCUUUUGUAGUCCAAGUCAGGGAUCCAAAGACCUUGCUGGCGAUGCCAGGUGUGAUGGUUGGGGAUAUAGGAAAGAAACUGGGUCAGAAUGGUCUGGAUAAUGGUUUUGCACUGUUUCAUAAUGUGAGGGUUCCACGGGAAAACUUGCUGAACAAAACCGGAGAUGUUACGCCUGAUGGGUGCUAUGUUUCACCUUUUAAAGACCCCAAUAAGCGGUUUGGAGCAUCUUUAGGGGCUCUGUCAGGAGGCAGGGUGGGCAUUACAAGAAUGGCACAAGUCAAUCUAAAGCUGGCUCUGACGGUGGCUGUGCGGUUCUCUGCCACACGCAGACAGUUUGGGCCUAAAGAGGAUGAGGAGAUUCCGGUGCUGGAAUAUCAGAUGCAGCAAUGGCGUCUGGUUCCAUACCUGGCAGCAGUGUACGCGCUAGAGCAUUUUACCAAAACCUUCACCAUGAACUUUAUGGAAUUUCAGUUCGGACUCAUGAUGAAGGACAAAAGUGACAGACAGGCUGAACUGGGCAGAGAGAUUCACGCCAUAUCAUGCGCUAGUAAAGCUUUAGCAUCAUGGACGGCCCAGCGAGCCAUACAGGAAUGUCGGGAAGCUUGUGGAGGACACGGAUUCCUUGCCAUGAACCGCCUGGGAGUCAUGCGCGACGACAAUGACCCAAACUGCACAUAUGAGGGUGAUAACAACGUUAUCCUACAGCAGACCAGCAACUACCUGCUCGGCUGGCUUCAGCACAAACAGCAAGGUCAAGGCAAGAUUGAAUCCCCCCUUGAGACUGUAAACUUCUUAGAGGACAUGAGCAGCAUUCUGCAGAGCAAGUUCACAGCUGCCUCAGUGGAAGAGUGCAUGAACUCAGCCGUUCCUCUGGCGGCGUAUAAGUGGCUGGUGUGUUUUCUGCUGGGUGAGAGCCAGGAGAAGCUGUUGCAUGAGAAAUCUUCUGGACUUGGAGACUUUGAGGCCCGAAACAACAGCCAAGUAUAUUACUGUCGUUCAUUGGCUAUUGCUUACAUUGAGCACACAGUGCUGCAACGCUUCCAUGACCUGAUUCAUGAUGAACAGACUCCAACUGGUCUCAGAUCAGUGCUUGGCCGUCUUUGUGCUCUCUAUGGACUGUGGACCAUCAGUAACCACAUGGCCAUCCUGUAUCAAGGUGGUUAUUUUUCUGGCCGACAACCGGUUGACUUCAUUCAGACGGCUAUUCUCACUCUCUGUGGGCAGUUAAAGGAUGAUGCUGUGGCAUUGGUGGAUGUGAUUGCUCCUCCUGACUUCAUCCUGAACUCACCAAUUGGCAAUGCAGAUGGUGAGCUCUACAAAAACCUCUGGUCUGCAGUUGUGCAGGGCAAGAAUGUCUUGGAACGGCCAUCUUGGUGGGCUGAGUUUUGUUCAGACAAGCCUGCAGUUGGAUCUCUCAGAGCUAAGCUGUAACUCCUGGUGCUGGAGACUUGUUAUAACAAAGACCAUUGCAGAAUUUUGUCCAUAUGUCCUGGUGCUCAGGCUAAGCCGAACUGUUCGGCGAGAAGUUUGUAAGCUUGUUUUAAAAGUGUAAUUCAGCAUUGAUUGGAUAACAGUUCAUGACAUAAAUCAUGUUUUCUGAUCAACUAUACACAUGAAAAACAAUUUAUAGCACUUAUUCAGUGCACCAUGAUCAAGUUUUAUAUUUGUUUUUACACUAAAUAAAUAUAAUUGUCUAUAUAAAUAUUGAAGAGGAAUAGGUACAAAGUGGUAACACAAAUGUUUUGACACCUUAGCAGGAUUGCACCUCAUAAUAUUGAUGUUCAUUUGGAAACAUAAUAUUACUAAAGAACAAUGAAUAUACAGGUAGAUGUAAGUAUGAUGUUGCACAAUGAUAUUUUGAUAAUGGUUUUGAAUGUAAAUCCUUAUUAAAAUAAGUUUUGACUAUAAUGACUUAAUAUCAAAAUAAAUUCUGAAUAC